AUGAAACAAUUAACAUCACUUAUUAUUAGUGGAAAUCAAAUUGGUGAUAAAGAAGCCAAAUUUAUAAGUGAAAUGAAACAGUUAACAUCACUUGAUAUUUAUAACAAUCGUAUUGGUGAUGAAGGUGUCAAGUCAAUAAGUGAAAUGAAACAAUUAGUAUCACUUAAUAUUUAUAACAAUCGAAUUGGUGAUGAAGGAGUUAAAUCAAUAAUAGAAAUGAAACAAUUAACAUCACUUGAUAUUGGUGGAAAUCGAAUUGGUGAUGAAGGAGUCAAAUUUAUAAGUGAAAUGAAACAAUUAACAUCACUUAAUAUUUCUGAAAAUCAAAUUGGUGAUAAAGAAGCCACAUUUAUAAGUGAAAUGAAACAAUUAACGUCGCUUAAUAUUUAUAACAAUCGAAUUGGUGAUGAAGGAGUCAAAUCAAUAAUAGAAAUGAAACAAUUAAAAUCACUUGAUAUUGGUAGAAAUCAAAUUAGUGUAGAAGGAGCUAAAUUUAUAAGUGAAAUGAAACAAUUAGUAUCACUUAAUAUUUAUAACAAUCGAAUUGAUGAAGGUGUCAAGUCAAUAAGCGAAAUGAAACAAUUAACAUCACUUAAUAUUGCUGAAAAUCGAAUUGGUGAUAAAGAAGCCAAAUUUAUAAGUGAAAUGAAACAAUUAACAUCACUUGAUAUUUAUAACAAUCGUAUUGGUGAUGAAGGUGCCAUAUUUAUAAGCAAAAUGAAACAGUUAACAUCACUUAAUAUUUAUAACAAUCGAAUUGGUGAUGAAGGAGUCAAAUCAAUAAUUGAAAUGAAACGAUUAACAUCACUUGAUAUUGGUAGAAAUCGAAUUGGUGAUGAAGGAGUCAAAUUUAUAAGUGAAAUGAAACAAUUAGCAUCACUUGAUAUUUCUGAAAAUCGAAUUGGUGAUGAAGGUGUCAAGUCAAUAAGCGAAAUGAAACAGUUAACAUCACUUAAUAUUUCUGAAAAUCGAAUUGGUGAUGAAGGAGCCAAGUCAAUAAGUGAAAUGAAACGAUUAAAAUCACUUGAUAUUGGUGGAAAUCAAAUUGGUGAUGAAGGAGUAAAAUUCAUAAGUGAAAUGAAACAAUUAGCAUCACUUAAUAAGUAG